UCCAGCUAUCGCUAUACAUCAGUUGUCGUCAUCGACCUCCGUCGAUCUGCUUGCAAGAAGAGGAGCCAGAGGAGCACCAGCAAACUCUUCCGGAGAGAAAAAGAGAGAUCGUCGGGCCGGAGAUGGCGGCGGGGAACGUCGUGGCCACGUACUACUACCCGACGGCGGCGCCGGGGGGCAUGGAGGUGUGCGGCGCGGAGCUCGGCCGCGGCGCGGGCGACAAGUGUUUCGACGACGACGGCCGCCCCAAGCGCUCCGGGACGAUGUGGACGGCGAGCGCGCACAUCAUCACGGCGGUGAUCGGCUCCGGGGUGCUGUCGCUGGGGUGGGCCAUCGCGCAGCUCGGCUGGGUGGCCGGCCCCGCCGUCAUGCUGCUCUUCUCGCUCGUCACCUACUACACCUCCGCGCUGCUCGCCGACUGCUACCGCUCCGGCGACCCCACCACCGGCAAGCGCAACUACACCUACAUGGACGCCGUCAACGCCAACCUCAGUGGCGUCAAGGUCAAGAUCUGCGGGUUCCUGCAGUACGCCAAUAUCGUCGGAGUGGCCAUAGGCUACACCAUCGCCGCCUCCAUCAGCAUGCUCGCCAUCAGGAGGGCCAACUGCUUCCACCAGAAGGGGCACGGCAACCCCUGCGCCAUCUCCAGCAUGCCCUACAUGAUCAUCUUCGGCGUGGCCGAGAUCUUCUUCUCGCAGAUACCGGACUUCGACCAGAUCUCCUGGCUCUCCAUCCUCGCCGCCGUCAUGUCCUUCACCUACUCCACCAUCGGGCUCGGGCUCGGCAUCGUCCAAGUCAUCGCGAACAAAGGUGUGCAGGGCAGCCUGACGGGCAUCAGCAUCGGCGUGGUGACCCCGAUGGACAAGGUGUGGCGCAGCCUGCAGGCGUUCGGUGACAUCGCCUUCGCCUACUCCUACUCGCUCAUCCUCAUCGAGAUCCAGGACACCAUCCGGGCGCCUCCGCCGUCGGAGUCCACGGUGAUGAAGCGCGCCACGGUGGUCAGCGUCGCGGUGACCACGCUCUUCUACAUACUCUGCGGCUGCAUGGGGUACGCGGCCUUCGGCGACGGCGCGCCGGGGAACCUCCUCACGGGCUUCGGCUUCUACGAGCCCUUCUGGCUCCUCGACGUCGCCAACGCCGCCAUCGUCGUCCACCUCGUCGGCGCCUACCAGGUCUACUGCCAGCCGCUGUUCGCCUUCGUCGAGAAGUGGGCCGCGCGGCGGUGGCCCGGCUCGGCGUUCGUCACCGGGGAGGUCGAGGUCCCGCUCCUCCCGGGAAGGCGGAGGUACAAGGUGAACCCGUUCCGGGCGACGUGGCGGACGGCGUUCGUGGUGGCGACGACGGUGGUGUCCAUGCUGCUGCCCUUCUUCAACGACGUGGUGGGGUUCCUGGGCGCGCUGGGGUUCUGGCCGCUCACCGUCUACUUCCCCGUGGAGAUGUACGUGGUGCAGAAGAAGGUGCCGCGGUGGAGCACGCGGUGGGUGUGCCUGCAGAUGCUCAGCCUCGGCUGCCUCGUCAUCUCCGUCGCCGCCGCCGCCGGGUCCAUCGCCGGCAUCGCGUCGGAUCUCAAGGUCUACCGCCCUUUCAAGUCCUACUGAUCAGAUUCAUGGGAGAUGCUGAGAUGCAUGUGGUAGACGUAUAGUAUAGCGGUACUGUCCCAUCAAAUUCUCACACUACAAAACUCGCUCGUACGGGAUCAAAACAGGAAAAGGGGAAUCGUUGAACAGCAGUGACACGCUCGAGAAAGUUUCAAGUGUGUCCCGCUGUUCUUAUGCUGUAAGCUUAUGAUACAUUCUUAGCAAUCUUUAUUGAAGGGAU